AUGUUACAAGUCAAGCGGACUCGUAGUAUCACAGCAGCGUCUUCAAAAGAGACAAUAUCGAAAAGGCGUAAAACAAUCGAACAGGUUCAGCAAAAGGGCAAAGAAGAGACGCUUCCCAGGGUACAACCAGCAUUGAAACUCCAUGCUAUACGCCAACCAUACGAAGUCUCCGCCGACCACCCUCUACCCAGCAUCCAACACGACAGCGAGCUCUUAGUAAAAGUGCAAGCUGUAGGCCUCAACCCAAUCGACUGGAAAGCACCCGACUACAACUUCGGCAUCCCAACCCUCCCCUACAUUUCCGGCCGCGAAUACAGCGGCACAGUUCUCCUCACCCCAAUAACAACCUCGUCUCGCAUCCAAAAAGGCGACCGCGUCCUCGUCCCCUCAACCGACUACCGCGACCCACGCAAAGCCGCAUACCAACACUACAGCAUCGCAUCCACUUUCAACACCAUUCGCCUGCCUCCCAACCUCUCCCUCAAUUCAGGCAGUAUCCUAGGCGUAGCUUUUGUCUCCGCCGCCCUCACACUAGGGAUAUGUCUAGGGCUCGAUUUCUCCAGUGUAGAAAACGGACCUGAUGUCCUCGGUAUUGUACGAAGUCUGGAUCCGGAGGGUAUACCUAGUGACAUACGACAAGAAUGUUUCCAUAGUAUUGACGUCAAAGAACGUAUCAAGGCCGGAGACCACCUGGUUAUAUGGGGUGCAGGAUCGGCCAAACUGCCGACUCAGCCAUCGACACCGCAUAUCUCCGUUCCAGCGGGGCAGAGAGCUCAUCUCGUGGGCUUGACGGGUCUGCCAAAGGAUGACGUGCCGAAAGACGUUGUGCUGCACAGUGUGCCGAUCAAGCUUUACCACGAAGUGCCACAAGUGGGCGAGGCGCUCAGUGCGUGGUGCGAACGGCUGCUGGCCAAGGGAACGUUGGUACCGCCGGAGGUUGUGGGUACGGUUGAGGGGUUGGAAGGGGUGAAUGCGGGGUUAGAUCGGAUGAGGCGACGGGAGGUCAGUGGUGGGAGAUUAGUUGCUGUUUUGAGCUAG